UAUUUACAGAGGCUUCAGAAUCGGGUCUAUGAAGAGCAACAGUGUUUUAUGAGGUUUGCAUAUCAGGUGGCAAGAUUACAGUUGAAAUCAUAUAAUGAUGUUCCUGAUGUCAUUAAUAGCUAUAUUAAUGACUAUGUGAAAGAUCAUUGUAAACAUGUUUCAAGCUACAAAAGUUUAUAUACACAAGAGCAGUCAAUUCCGUUAUGUCCUUUGGAUCCAAGUAAUAAAUACAGUGAUCUUUAUUUCAACCAUGUUGGUCAUCUGCUUAGUAUAGGAGGUGUUCCUUGGAUCAAACUUCCUAAUCCUCACUUGCUGUGUCAGGUUCCAAUAGAUGAUACUGUCAAGAAAAAGGAAGUUGUGAUUUCACCGAGUGAAGAGGGAAAGUACCUUCAUGGAACACCAGUAAGUAAGGAUCCAAAUGCUAUAUAUUUGGCCAGAAAGCAUGGUGCAAAUAUUGUAGUGUCUGCAAGUACAUUGAAAGUCAUCACAGACAAUCCUGGACCAAACUUUGACAAAGAAUGGGACAUACCAGUUGUGGUUCGCUCAUACAAUAUCAAAGAUGCUGAUGGUAAUGAAGAGCAACAGAGAAUUGUCUUCAUUGAUAAACCCAUGCCAAAGAAGAUCUGGACUCCAUCAGAAAAGAAACAGUUCUUUUUCAAGAAGUCAGCUUUGGCAUCAAUGACGGAAAUAAAGCGUCUACCAUAUUUUAGAAUGAGGUGUCCAUUGCAAUUCAAAGUUGAAAAAGUUGAACCUGAGUUGAUGGAAAAUUCGAAGGAUGAAAAGCAUGUUGCAGAAUAUAGUGAGGAUUUCUUAGAUCUUUAUUCAGCUACAGACCAUGAUGUGUUUGGGGUAUCAACGCCUCUAUCAACUUUCGAAAAUGGAGGGAAAAGUACGAAGAAAAGAAAACUGGAAUCCGAAACUGCUCCACUGAAGAAUGUUGAUAUUCAAGAAAGUGGAGAUGGAAGUGCAGCUCAGUCAGUAAGCAAAAAAAUAGCAAAUGAAGGUGUUGAAGUGAAGACUGUGACGAGUGAUAAGACAAGUGUUCAAGAAAAAAAGCCAGAAAAUACAUCCGUUCCUGUAUCAGAAUCCAAAGAUACUUCAAGUAUGCUGGAUGAUUUGCUCAAUAUGCAGGAUUCUUUACAUAAACUUUCAAGGAGUGAAUCUCCUUUGAAACAAGAUCAUGAUGAUACAGCAUCAAAAACCAAAAAGUUGUGGCCAUGGAGUAAUUCACUGAAAACCGACUGGGACGAACACACUGGGGCAAAAAACUGCAAAAGUUUCACUGGAGUUAAUUACCAUUAUCAGCUGUUUUCAAUGGGAUUCCAUAACUCAAAGCCAUUCUGUUCAGAACAGCCAAUUCGUGUUAUGGUCCGCCACGGUCUUCACGGUCUCUCGUGGUAUAAGUUGCGGAAGGGGCAGUCAAAAGCAUACAUUUUGUAUGCAAAACCUGAGUUUCAAGUAUAUUUUGGUUGUGAAGUCAAUACUCUUUCCGAAAUUACGCAACAGUGGUUGGAUCUUCUAGUACGUCCUAAUACAACACUUCUUGAAGUUCGAGUCUGCCAGACUACAGGUGACAUCAUGUUAUCGGAGGAGAAAACUCUUGCAACAGUUUUAAAAGAAGGAAAGCAGCAACAUAUUAACUUUUCACCUCAGCAACCUUUGGCAACCAUGUAUGCUGUAUUUAAUGCUGUCAAUGCAUUACCAACUGGUGAUUAUAUCCUUCACCACGAUGUCAAAACAGAGGCCUUCAUCAAACUCUUGAAGUCAACUGAUGUGGAAAAAGAGAUGAGUGUCCAGAAUUUUGAUUUUCAUGCAGCCUAUUCUUCUGCAUCUGUAUACACUCGAACCCAUGCCAAACCUCCUUGGAUCGCUCUUGAUACACACAAACUAACAGCUUUCCACUUGAAGCAUUAUAAAAUACCUGGAACUUUUCCAAUGGAUAACCGUAUGUAUAGUAAUUGUUGGUUGUUUUAUUGUUACAGUGCUUUAGUAUUUCUGAUAUACUGAAGUGAAGUUAGUAAC